AUGGCGGCGCCCAGGGGCGGCUCAGGCCUCGACACGGACUCGGAGUCGGACAGCAGCGGCGAGGCGGCAGCGCGGUUCCGGGAGGCCGCCUGGGACUGCGCUGCGCAGGCGGCGGCGGCGGUGGUGCGGGCGGAGUCGCGCGGCGGUGGCCUUAAAAAGGAUCGGUUACAGCCCGCUCAGCCUAGCCUAAGGCGUGAGGUGAACAGUCAUGCUGAGGAUGGAAAUGAGCUACAGACGACACCAGAGUUCAGAGCACACAUUGCAAAGAAACUGGGAGCAAUGCUAGAUGGUUUCAUCACUGUCUUGAAGGAGUCAUCAGGACCUUCACAAACUUCUGUGCAACAGUCUGACUCUGGAGAUGAUGGUUUUCGCCUCUUCUCUUCCUCUGUCCCGGGAGACUGUGGGAAAUCGGAGCCUUGCCCUGCAGCAAGGAGGAGACAGCCAUCUAGCUCCAGUGACAUGGACAGUGACCAAGAGUGGCAAAGGUACCAGGAGGCUGCUGUGUCAGCUGCAGACAUUCUGAAGCAAAGUGCUUUUCCUGCACUGUCCCAGGAUUCCAGCCAGGAUCAGAGUCAGGGUUAUGUAGAGCACAGCCAGAAAAAAAAGAAGAAAAAGAAAAUUAGGGGAGAGAACGAUAUUCAAGAGAAAAUAAUAGAUGCAGCAGAGUGUGACCAGAUCAGCAAAGAUUUGCCACGGUUGGUGUCUGCAAAUGGACAGCAUGAGAGACAGGACAGCAAUCAUACAGAGAGCUCAGUGUUGCCAGGAGUUGUGAAGAAGAAAAAGAAGAAGAAAAAAGGAGAAUGAAGAUUUUGCUCUGCAAACAGCAGGUGAUUAUGAUGGAUGAAGGAUGCUGGAAAAAAAAAAAUCCCAAACUAACAAAAAGAGUUGCUGCAGAUGAGGGAAAAUUAAUUGGCAAAGCUUCUGUUCUAAAAGCCCGGUGGCCUGACAGUCUAAUUAAGUGACUUCCUAUGUUGUUGGCGUCCCUUGGGGAAGGGAACAUUGUUCUCCUAGCACAGCAGUUAUCUAUGCUGAUGCUUAUGCAGACCUAGCAUAAAAGGAUUAAAUACUGUGCACAGACUUGCGUGACAGAGGGUCAGCAAUCAUAACUGCAUCCCUCCUGGUCUGUUCCUUCACAUCACAAAACCAAAUCUUGUGUCCUGGAGAAAGUAUAUGAUGAAUUGAAUUUGGUUUACAUGGCAACAGGUGAUCGACUCCUUUUCCUCUUUGCCUCCUCCUAAAUGCCUACUAAGAAUAGCUCCAGCCUGUGGGAGUCUCGUUUAUCAAGUGUCCUGUCAAAUAUCAGGGCCCCCUUAUUUUUUUUCCUGUGAUCAUCAUGACAAUCUGUUGUUGAAACCU